GCGAGGUGGAGGGUAGGUAGACAACAUGGCCUCUCCUGGCUGAGGGUGGUGAUACGGUGCGCGUUUCGUACUGGCGGGUGGUGGGCAGUGACCGCGGGGACAGCUGGAACCGCCAGGUGCCGCGCAGGUUCUAAAUGGCUUCUAAGAAGUUGGGAUCUGAGUCUCAUGAGCAUGCGUGUUUCUUGGCUGUGGUUUUGGAUCCUCCUUAUUGCUUCCAGUUUGGGUCUUGGUCCACACUGUCUUCAGAUGGUCCUUUCAGUUAUCUUGAUGAUGUCCCAUUUAAGAUAGGAGACAAAUUCAAAACCCCAGCAAAGGUUGGAUUACCCAUUGGUUUCAGCCUGCCUGAUUCUUCUCAGCUUGUCAGAGAAGCCCAGUAUGACUUCUCACUGGAAAAGAAAACAAUUGAAUGGGCUGAAGAUAUCAAAAAAAUUGAAGCUGCCCAGAGAGAAGCUGAACACAAGGCACUAGAAGCACUAGCAAAAUCAAAAGCAGCUUCAGAGGACAUCACCAAAAUGGGGUUCUCAGAGGGACCUUUCUCUGAAGUCACGCCUCCUCCUAUUAACCCCAUCCUCGCUAGCCUGCAGCACAAUAAUAUUCUUACUCCCACACCAGCCAACAGCAGUGCUGUGAAGCAAAAGGUUCUCAGUCCACCUCAUCCAAAAGCAGACUUCAACCCAGCUGAUUUUGAGUGUGAAGAAGACCCUUUUGACAAACUGGAAUUAAAAACUAUCAAUGAUAAGGAAGAAUUAAAAAAUAUCCUUGAAAUUCAUAUUGGUACUACUAGGCCAAUUGUUGCCCAGCUAUUAGAUAAUACUUUGCCCGAAGUAGAGUCUGAGUCUGUGUUGCAAGAUGAGAAAGUUCUGACAUCCAUAGAAAGGGCUACAUUGGACUUCAAACCCCUUCACAAACCAAAUGGCUUUAUCAAUUUACCGCAGUUGGGAAACUGUGAAAAGAUGUCCUUGUCUUCCAAGGUGUCCCUGUCCCCUAUCACUUCAGUGAGCAAUAUCAAAUCCCUGUCCUUUCCAAAACUUGACUCCGAUGAGAGUGAUCAAAAAUCAUCAAAGCUUAUGAGCACUUUCCACAGCACUACCUGUUUCAGCAAUGACACUUUGCUCAGCUCUUUGCAGACCUGUGCUCAGAGUAAAACAAGUGAACUGAAUGGACACCAUGUGGUGAGUCUUUCUGAUCUAAAUGAGGACAGUGGCAUGGAGACAUCAACAUUAUCUUCUUCAUCCAGACUGCCUUCUCUGGCUGCAUCAACAGUUUGUACAGAAGAAUCAUCUCAAAGCACAGCGAUUAUGGUGCACCCAGACUACAAGGAAACAAAAAUACUUACGGUAACACACGAACAUUUCCCAGUGUCUAAAGUGCCCAAUAAUAUCAGCUGCACAAAGCAGUCAGGUGACCCUGCUCCUGAACUACAGCAGUCCCUCUCUGCUAGUGAGAGGCAGUGCAUAGAGACAGUUGUCAACAUGGGAUAUACGCCUGAGGAUGUCCUGAAAGCCAUGAAGAAGAAGGGGCAGAACAUAGACCAGGUUUUGGACUACCUGUUUGUACAUGGACAGCUUUGUGAGAAGGGCUUUGAUCCACUUCUUGUUGAAGCAGCUUUGGAAAUGUACCAGUGUUCAGAGGAGAAGAUGACAGAGCUUCUCCAACUAAUGAGUCAAUUUAAAGAAAUGGGCUUUGAACUAAAAGACAUUAAUGAGGUCUUAUUACUACAUAACAAUGACCAACAGAAGGCUUUGGAAGAUUUGAUGGCCCGUGCAGGAGCUAACUGAAAACACAGUCCUGGAUUCUCAUCAUGCAACAGAGCAAGACCAGGGUGACCUAAUCUCAGCAAGGAGUUUGGCUUUUUGCAUAUAAGGGAGAAUGUCUGAGCAAGCUCGCCCAUGUGCAUCACUCCAGCAUUUCUCUUUCCACCGAAAGCCAACUUUCUUUCUUAAAUUAAAUUUUUAAAGUGUCCUUUCCUAAGUUUCCUUUUUUCCAGCUUGGCCACAGAGUUUAGACUGUCCAGUCUCUACUGAAAUUGUACAUAGGUAGAGAUGGGGUGGUUUCUCCCACUCACCUUUGCACUGGAGUUGAACAGAACUGUUUGGUUCUGAAAUUAGGAUGCUUUGGUUCUUUGAAGCUGCUUUCAUGGUGUCAGCUUGUACUGAAUUACUUGAUUGUGUCAUAGUCCAGAUUAACUGGCUAAAUUUGACCUUUAGUGCAAUAGAGUUUUAUUUUUUGGGGGGGAAAAUUAGUCUGCAACUUAGUAAAACACUGUUUCAGAAACUUGCUAUGCAUAAAGAGAGAGCCUAUUCCUCUUGGGUUUUUUUUACCCAUGCAUCCAACACUUCUGCCCGACAUGAGAGUUCAAUGCUGAGUGAUCUGUAAAUUCCCUUGAAAUAGGUAAGUUGUGAAUUCUGUCUGGACCUGCAACUUAUGUUGGUUUUUGAACCUGAAGGCAGAGAGCUGGAGCUUAGUAUUCUUAACCCCCCAGGUUUGUUGGAUAUUUAAGGCAAUGCUCUGCUAGGAAAUCAGUUCUCUUUUUGUUUUAAAUAAUACUCAUUGUGAUGCAGGAGGUUCCUUUCAAGCACUUUCUUUAAAAGAGAUAUACUCACUGCAUUAGUUCCAUCUCACACUGCUAUAGAAUUGCAUAAUAGCAUCUAGUACUAGAAAUCAGCUUUUGGGUUGGUUUUGAUAGUUAAAGUUCUAAGUACUUAAAAUAUCAACAGUCUUGAGAAAUCUUUAAAGUAAUUCACUAAAUAUUUUGAUUUUGCUGAAGAAAAACUAACAAAAUCCUCAAUAUCACUCCCAGUGUCAUGGUUCCCAUCACUCAUGCUCUUUGGCUUCAACAAAUGAACAACUUGCUGGAUCCUGCAUGCUCCUGUAUGUACACAUGCACACUGUGUGUUGGGCAGAACAACCUGAGGUGUCCAAGCAGACGGCUGCAGUUGUGCAAAAACCACACCUAGGGAUCCAAACUAGUGUUACGGCAUGGAGCUGGGAGCAUUGAGAACUUAGGCAGGGAAAAAUGACUUGGCUCAUUUCCUCAGUUUAAGUUUUUCAGUAGGAGGUUUUAGCUCAUCAGGACCCUGAAGGAGAUGACAUUUGUCUCUAUUAUGUUGUUAAUUUUAUCUGACCAAAACAUGUAAUUUGGGUCCAGUGUUAACUCCUGGAGUUGUCUGUGAGGUUCUCAACUACAUUAUUUACCUUUCCUUAAAACAAAAUGAUGCUGAGAAAAUAUGUACUGGGUAAGUAUCUAGGAGGUGUGGAGAUGAAUGAUGAAUAGGACCAGGACAGAUUGCCUUGCACAUAUCCCAUAGUAUUGAGCUUCACUAGCUUCUAUUAGUGGGACCGAAAUUAAAACUUAUCUAAGAAGGACAUUCAGCAGCUGGUGGAUCAGCAGCUGCUGCCUCUGUGGGUGCAGGUACAGCAGUUGUCCAGCUUUCCUUCCCAGGUGAGAAAUGUGACAGUUUGAAAUGAAGAAAUGGGGUUCCUGAUUAAUCAGAAAAGCUGGAAAACAAAACUUGAACUUCUUUACCAUCACUGCUGAGAGCAUUCGGUUGUGUUGCUUGUUUCAAUUUUCUCACAAUUAAUAUCCAAACAAAUCUGUCUAGUACUAGACAAUCUUGAAAGGGCAAGAAGUCUUGCCAGCAAAGAAACAACUAUUUAGACCAAACUUCUGAAUAAAAUCAUCUCUUCAGUUGUGUUAAUGUGUGUUGUUUUUCUGGUCUCCCCACUACAGUAACCACUCUGUUUAUGGAGACUGUUGUAGAGGUGAGAGCAGAGAGAUGAAGAUGGAAACUGAUACCUGUAAAGCUGGUGGUCUCCUUCCAAAAAUAUGUACCCCUCUGUGUCUUCCCUGGUGACACUGCUCUUGCUUUGUCAGUGAGGUUUUUGGAUUUACAUCUGUAUUAGGUUUGAAUGGCCAGCUUUUGGUAGAAGAGGGGCUAGGAGCAUGGCUUCUGUGAGAAGAUGCCAGAAUCUUACCUCAUGUCCCAUAGAGCCAAUGACAGCUGGUUCCAAGAUGUGUCCAUUGCUGUCCAAAGCUGAGUCGAUUUGGAAUGGUGACAACUUCUAUGACAACAUAUUUGGAAAGGGGAAAAAACUGGAACAACAGCAAAAAAAGAGUUGAGAAUAUUUGUGCAAACUGCAGACACCAAGGUCAGUAAAGGAGGUCCACUAGGGACUGGAGCAGAGAUCCUUCUUCAGCCUGUGGUGAAGACCAUGGUGAAGCAGGUUGUCCCCCUGCAGCCACAGUGAAGGAUAUAUCCACCCUGCAGCCUGUGGAAGACCCCAUGCCAGAGCAGGUGCCCCAAGGAGGCUGGAACCCUGUGGGAAGCCCAUGCUGGAGCUGUCUCCUGGCAGGACCUGUGGCCCCAUGGAGAGGAGUUCACACUGGAGCAGGUUUUCUGGCAGGAUUUUGACCCUAUGGGGGACCCAGGCUGGAGCACCCUGUUCCUGAAGGACUACACCCCGUAGAAAAGACCCCAUGCUGGAGAAGUUUGUGGAGGACUGUCUCCCAUGAGUGGGACCCCAUGCUGGAGCAGGGGAAGAGUGAGGAGAAAGGAGCAGUAGAGAUGAUGUGAUGAACCCCCAUCCUCCCUGAGCUGAUUGGAGAGGAGGAGGUAGAAAAUUUGAGAGUGAAGUUGAGCCUGAGAAAAAGGAAAGGGUGUUUUAAGGGUUGUUAUUUAUUUCUCACUAGUCUACUAUGAUUUGAUUGGCAAUAAAUUAAAUAAUUUCUUCAAGUCAAGUCUGUUUUUCCUGUGACAGUAAUUGCUGAGUGAUCUUACAGUCCUUAUUUAUUCCCUUGAGAUUUUGUUAUAUUUUCUCCUGCCCUGUUCCAUUGAAGAGGGGUAAUGAUAGGGCAGCUUGGGGGUGAUUACCCUGGUCGCUUAGGGGAGAGGCAGUUCUGAAGAAACGUAACAAAUGACACAAUCUAAUGCGACUUGAAUGUUGUUUUGAGCACGAUUGAUUUGUGUAAACAAACUCGAGAACUUUGUGAAAGUUGUAAAGCCGAUAUGUUUAUUACAGCGCUGGAUGCAUGUGGGAACUGCUCCCCUCAAAAAACAUGCGUACUUUUGGGAACUCCAGACCCCUUCUUAUCCCCCUCUCAAAUACACAUGCAUGCAAUUUCACAAUAGGUUCAUACAUAUUCAUUUUACCGAUUUCGAGUGUGACAUUUGCUGCUAAUUCUUCUUUAUCAGAGAGAAUUCCUGGGUCAGUCUGCCCUCUCAUAAUCUCUCGUAACAGUCUCUCUGUCUGCCCCCCUUAUCCUUCUUGUCCUUCAUCUAUGAAAAUUUCUCUGAGGAUAGGCUUUUUACGAGAACAGGCAAUCAGACUAAACAGCUAUGUUUUCAAGCUACAGACUUAACUCAAAAAUGUACAUUUCACCUAAAUCAAAAUGGAUUUCUACUCUGGAAAAUUUCUACUCUGUCUCACUAUUCAUCAUUAGUUACAUGAGUACUAUUGUUAUCUCCUGUCAAGUUAUGAACAAAAUGGGGCCUGGAUGUGGGGAGGUUCUGCUGAUAACUGGUGUGAGGCUGGACUCUGUCCUGCUGCUGGCUCGUGAGAUCACAGAAUCACAGAUGAUGACUUCCCCAGUGACACUUGAUGCCUUAAGGCUUUUCCUUAUGUUCUUGGAUCAGAUUGAUUUAUAUACCUGAUUUAUGUACCUGGCACUACUUAUGUUUUUCAGUUUGUCUUGGUUUGAAAAGACAGGUGUCUGCUAAGGAAGGCAGGAGGCUCCCCUGAAAUGAAAAAUGUAAACCCCCUCCCUCUGAAUUAUUAUAAUUUUGAAAUUAAGGUGCUCUCAGGCAAAGAUAUGGGCAUAGGAACAACAGUUCUUUAUUAGGGAAGAAAAUUCAAAUAAAACAAAAAUGCAGCAAUACAAAACAAUUCUGACAGAGUGAGAAUAUGACCUGAUGCCCUGUUGGUCAGGGUGUUGGUAGCAGUUCAAUUAAAUGGUAGCUGCAGUCCUCUUGGAGUGACAGAUGUGGUUCUGUUGAAGCAGUGAUCUUGUAGAAGGGUUUUCCUCUGGAGAUCCAGUGGUGGUGUAGAUGGGCCUGGUCUUCCUCUGGGAAUCCAGUAGGAAAAGGCUGCCUGUGGUGUUCCAAAUAUCAGAUUAUAUCCAGGUAGCAAUGUUUGGCUCCUCCCCCUGGACAGAGCAUCAUACAAUGGGAUGAUGGAAUUUUAUCAGUCAUGCAGUGAGACUCAAUGGCCCAUUAUCAGAAGAUAUUUUCUGGAGGAAGGAUUGGUUGUGGAAGAGAUAACGUAAACUUUCCAAUUAACAGAAGAUAACUGCCCCGCCUCUAACAGAUGGGAAAUAGAAUACACACCCCCAAACCAUAUCUUACAACCCAGGACACAGUUGCACUUAUCUUUUACUACAAAAUAUGAAUCGUUUAAUAAGUAUUAUAAUUUUCUCUAUUCCAAUUUCAUUUUAUGAAUUUAUGCUUCUCUACUAAGUUCAGAAGUUGAAGGCUAAUAACUUUCCCGAUUUCUAGUGAUUCAUAAGAAAUGGGCCGAUGCAGAAAUUUCACACCAUACUGCUCAAAUUCUAGAAGUCAAUAUGAAACCUGCAUAUGAGGAUCAGGAAACAUUAAGAUUCUGCAAAAGAGUCUUUGUUAAUUAUAUUCAUAGAAUAUCCGGAGUUGGAAGGGACCCACAGGGAUCACUGAAGUCCAAGUCCUGGCCCUGCACAGCACCUUCUCCAAGAAUCACACCAUGUGCUCAAGAGUAUUGUCCAAAUGCUUCUUGAACUCUGUCAGGCUUGGUGCUAUGAUCACUUCCUUGGGGAGCCUGUUCUAGUGCCCAACCGCCCUUGGGGUGAAAAAUGUUUUUCUAAUCAUAGAAUCAUAGAACAGUUUGGGUUGGAAGGGACCUUGAAGACCAUCUAGUUCCAGCCCCUCUGCCAUGGGCAGGGUCACCUUCCACUAGACCAGGUUGCUCAAAGCCCUGUCCAACCUGGCCUUCAACGCUUCCAGGGAUGGGACUGCCACAGCUUCUCUGGUCAACCUGUGCCAGUAUCUCAUCAUCCUCACAGUAAGGAAUUUCUUCCUAACAUCUAAUCUAAACCUACUCUUUCAGUUUGAAGCCAUUCCCCCUUGUCCUGUUGCUGCCUAUAAUCAAAAGAGAAAAAACCUUUGCAACAGCGUUACAAUAGUAAAGUAAAAAGCAGACCUUUAUUUGGAAGCUUCCAGGUAUUCUGGUGGUGAUGGGCACACCUGGCACCAGAUUUCUACAAUUGUAUAAGGUAAAUUAAUUAGGAUAUCUAACAGGUACAUGCAAUAGGAGAUUCAGUUGCUCCAGUAACCCAUCCCUGGGUAAAUCCCUCGGAGUUAGUCCAAGGGCUUCUUUGCCCCACUUCUUGUUACGUCUUAUUGUAGGUCUCUGUCAUAGUUUUACAUGAAAACAUUUAAAGAAGUGAUACAAAACUUCCAGCCACUGAAAGGCUGAACACGCCUCUGUGAAAAAACACAUGUUAAAAGACGGAGGAAAUGUGGGAACUUCCUCUUUUGCUUCCGUCUGGGAGCGAAUUAGCACAGCUGGGUGGCCCCUGCCAUGGGGCUGGGCCAGCUGGCCCUACUGGGCUGGGGCCCCUUUCCCCCGGGCUGCCUGCCGUCCCCCCCCCCCUCCCCCAUCAACUGCUGGGCAGAGAAAGGGGGAUGCUCCAGGGCCGAAUAGAGCCGGCUUUACUAACUUCUAGCUGCUUACUACAACCCCCCCUCAGCCUGGGGCCCAGUCGAACUCGCCGGGCCCCAGAAGCAGCCCCGGAUCGACACUGGGAUUUUUACCCCCGUGGAAUUUGCCCACAACCAUUGGGCAGGGGGAAAGAGAAACCACCCCUCCUCCUCCCCCCCCCCCCCACCCCCGGCCUGCUACUAAGUUCUGACCUAACUAAUUCGAUCGAAAACUGCUUCCCCAACCACAAUUCCUGCUGUCUAUAGCACCCAGCCCAACUGGGGUCAAGUUGACCAUUUACAGGCUCCAAGCGGGAUGUUAACCCUUUCAGUACUUCAAUCCUCCCUUGAGUGAGAGAAAGGAACAAGAUACAAACAUAUUAAAAAAAAAAACAAAAAAAAAAAACAACAUAAAAACAUAAUCAGUGAAGAAGUCCCAGAUAGGAAGGAUAAAGAGAUGCCUCAAUUUUGGAGCUGAAAUCCUCCUAUAAACUAUGCAGAAAGGACUCUUUCCCCCUAUAACACAUGAAACAAUAAGGAAAUUAAGAGUUCAAAUUGAUAUCGAGCAAAGACCGCCAUGUUAAAGUAAACAGAUGUUAAAGUAGCUGUAAUCCCAUGAAAAGUUUAAACAGAGAAAAAGAGAAGAAUAGUCCUGUACCCCCAGGAGGAGAUCUCUGUUCCCAGAGAUAAAGAUGAUUUUAGAGAUAGAUAAUGAGAAUUUUUACCUUUAAACAACUCAUCUUUAAAACAAUACCCCAUAAGUUGACAUGACCCAUCAAAAAACUGUAAGAAGCCUUGUAGAAAAUAAAAAGGACUUCACGAUGGCAGGGUUCCCUGGGCUGCUGUUAUCAGUGAAGAAAUUAAAAACCAGGAGAAAACUGUUUUUUUUCCUCUUGUAAAAAAAUCUCCAUAACAUUUACAAGAGAAAUUCCUCUCCCUAAAUAAACUAAAGAAAAACUAUUUUAGAGGUAGUAAACUAACUAGAAAUUUUAGGUUUUGUUUCUUUAUCAAUAGAAAAGAAAAAGUUGUGGGGAGAGGAAAAGUGUUCUGAAAGGUUUGUUUUAAUUCUUACUACUUUCUUUUCCUUUUAAUUACUAUUAAUAAAAUUUUCUCUAUACCCUUUUAAGGUUUUAAACCUACUUUACUUUUCUCCUAAUCCUAUCUCACAACAUGUGAAUACAUUAGUAAUUAACCAACACCAGACCCACCACACUCUUUAAUACAUUAACCAAGAAAUCUCAAAAUUAAUAAAAUCUCAAAUUAACGAACCAAAACCACUACAGCCCCCUACUUGGAAUAAGACUAAAUGAUAUUUCAGGAAUUUAUUAAAAGGUUAGCUUUUUGUUCUAAAAUCUAGGGGAAAAGGGUAGGAAAAGUACUGGAGCUACAGACAUGUGUUAGCAAUCUAAAAAGCUACAAAUGUAUGAAAAAAUAUAAAAAGCUUAGGCAUCACUGUCACUACAGUUCCUGAUGAAGGGUCCCUUUCUAGCUUCCUUGUAGGCCCCCUUCAGAUACUAGAAGGUUGCUAUGAGGUCUUCACGCAACCUUCUCUUCUCCAGUCUGAACAGCUGCACCUUUCUCAGCCUGUCUUCAUAGGGAAGGUGCUCCAGUCCCCUUAUCAAUUUCAUGGCCUUCCUCUGGACUUGCUCCAACAGUUCCAUGUCCUUCUUAUGUUGGGAGCACCAGAACUGUAUGCAGUAUUCCAGGUGGGGUCUCACAAGAACAGAGUGGAGGGAGAGACUCACCUCCCUCGACCUGCUGGCAACACUACUUUUGAUAGAGCCCAGGACAGGGAUGGGUUUCCUCCCCUGACACAGCUUCAUGUCGUUAUCUUAUGGUAAGAGGAAAAAUUGCUAAAUGCUACUUUGGUUUAAUUUUCUAGUACCCCCUGCUGGUUAAUAAAAAGGAGUAGCAUUUGGUUUCACAGUGAAUGGCAUAUGUAUCUGUCCUGGUUUAGGGCAAAUUUUGGAGGAAACCUCCGAAUGGGUUCCCUCUAGAUAGCAGAUUCAAGUGGCCCCUCCCCCUACUGGUUCGGGAAAGGAUUUCCUUGGAGAAAAGUGGAAAAAACCUGUUUAUUUAACAAGCAAAGUAUCUACAAGCAUUAACAAAAAAAAAAAAAAAAACCAAAAAACACGACCAAAAAAACAACCAAAAAAACCCAAUAAAACCUCUCGCUGUUCUGAAGAAAUGGCAAAUUCAGAAAGUCUUUUUCGUGGGGUGUAGCUCAGCUCGCUCAGUCUCUUAUCAGUCCCUCGGGUGCUGGAAAAUGCUGUGUCCCAGGCACUGGUGGGCCACAGGCAUGAGCUCCUGGUGUUUUUCUGGGUUUUCAGUCCAGAGCAGGGCCGAUCAGUUCCAAGAAAAGGAAAAGCCACAGUCUGGGGUACGUUUUUGCCUCAGCUGGCUAAAAAAACUGAUUAGAAGCAAAAGAAAGCUCUCUCCCACUGUCCGUGCUGAAGACAACACAGUCUGGGAGCAGGAAUGUGGGGGAACAAGUGCAGUUUCUGAAAACAAACUGUACGCUUCUUUUCCCCCUCUUUGCUCUUGGAACCAGUCUUAAAGGUGCAAAACUUAAUAUCCAGCAUAAACAGAACAGACGAUUGGGGAUACAAGCAUCAUAAAGUUACCCUGGCUAAUUAAAAUGAAAAUAAGACUAAAGGAAUUUAAUGUUGUUAUUAGUAUUUAACAAAAUAUUUCUAAGCUUUUGUGGGAAGUAAAUUCCAAAGAGAGUUGUGACUGAAGUUCAACCAUCUCCUAAACUUCAGGAAAUUAUAGCAUCUUGUUCACACUACCAUGGUCCUUAGUGUCUUUUUCAACAGGAGGUGUGCUGUCUUUGAGGAGAUGUGCAUAAUUUGAUGGCAUCAAAGUACAUUGUGCAUUAGAAUUUACUAGAGUGCUAUACUCCUCUGGGUCCGACAUAGCAAGCCAUUGGAUCCACACAGUCCAGUAAACCCAGUUGUUCCUCUCCUCCACCUGGCAGGAGGAGUCAGGGCCCCUUUAAUACUGAUCACAGGAUUCUCGACUUCUCCACUUACUUCUUGUAGAAAUGAAUUAAACUGAUUAGAACUGUUACAGAUGAAAAAUUAAAAAUAGCCAAUUUUAAUAAAAAUAUAAAAAAUAAAAUUUAUUUCGGGACCGUAAUACAGUCUCGAGAGCCACCAACCAAAUCGGACAGCGUACCACCCCCAGGAGGUGAUCCGGGUGAACGUGAGAUUGGCCUCGCUAGUACCAAUUCUACCCCGUCCACACUGGCUGCUCCGAGCCAGCGAUUCUUAUACAGUUUAUUUCACCCGCGGCAGGAUGUCUUUGUUUCUUUCUGAGUUCUUCAUAUUCAAGUUGGUUCUUUCUCUGGCUGGGGCUGCACAAAGCCUCCAUCCGGGAAUAGAAUAAUAUACUUCUCCGAUUCCCGGAAUCUGGCAUUCAGAUGGAAGGUGUUGAUGGCCCUGGUCCUCUCAGAUAGGUAUCUUGUCUGGGCCAUCAUCGCUUGGGCGUCACUGGGUGCAGGUUCCUGUGAAUGCCCAUCUCCUGUGCAGCUGAAGUUUCCUUUGCAUGCAAAUGUGGUGGUGCCUCUCUGCCCAUCUGCCGCGGUUUCGCCAUCCUGGGGAAGAAUCUCUCCCCCCCUUGAACACCAGUAGUUCAUUUUAUACAUAUAUAUUUUGAUACAUCUUUUAUUCCCACAAAUUACUAACCAUAUUUAUAACAGAAAUUAUUUCCAAAGGAUUAGGAGUAAAAUCAGCCCUUCCACUCUGCCUAGAAAAAUGCCCACUGGAAACUGGAUCAGCAGCAACUUUCCUGGAAGAAUCCUCAUUGGUGAUUGAUUUACCCUGCAAUUCUUGUACCCGUUCCCCUAGGGUUUUCCAUCCCUCUUCAUCAUGCCUUCUCCAUGGUCCCACAGGUAAAAAACUACAAGGUACCCCAUGGUGUCUAUCUCGUAUAUCCUCUCUCUUGAGUGAAAGGAUGCCUGCUGUCAAUUGCUGAAAUGUGGGCCCAUACAGGUGGGGAGUAGGACAUAACCUCUCUGAGUUGGUGAAACUCCCAGGUCAGUUUAUUUGGCAUUUUUUCCAUGGCUGAGAUGACUGAGGAAGGGGUGCUGUCUUUAUAUUCCUGGAGUUGACAAACCAUGACAUCUACUGCUGGUGGCUCAUAGUCUUUCCAGAAGACUGUUGCCAGGGAGCAAAGUCAAGAUGGGGGAGUAUUGGAGUCGCCAAUAUUACAGACGGGACUGCCUUGGUCUGUCUGGCCUUGGCUGCUGACCAAAUAGCGGCACCUGUGGAGUUUUCUCCCCAGAGAUGCUAUUCAGUACCUGGGGUCAAGCUGGGCACGUGGAGACAAGUCCGGGCAUGCGCUGAGCUCCAGAGCUUGCAGGCUGGAGCUUGCUGCUGAGGGGGUCACUCUUCAGGCCUUCCCGGAUCUGGAGAAACCCUUAAGGCGAGGUGAAGAAAGGAGCGGGUCCUGAUGGAGAGUUUUUAAUCCAGACUUUUUAUUUUGGUGGCACGGCCUCUGAAUCUUGCAACAAUCCACUGAACUCUCCCACCAGAACUCUCCAACAGAACCUCGCCCUCGUGGUCUCUUGCCCUUUUACCUAGGGAGAGGGGCAGGGGAGGGAACACAGGCACCACCAACCAGGCACAGGGGGAGGGGGUCUCAGGUGAGAGGGACACCUGGGUGGGCCAAUGGCCCCCCAGGGGGGUGGAGAGCAUCCUUUGAACCUGCCAAUCACUCGAUGCUCUCUUGGAAUUUCUGGGUUGAUAAGACAGUGCCCAGCAGGGGUCAAGGAUGGGGAAAAGGAGAGGUGAUUGACAGCCCACCUGGGAAAGGUAAUUUCAGGGAGAAACCCAGGGAACUGAGGCAAGCCCUGACAUCACACCGCAACAGGGGAGAAGCUCCCGCCUCCUGACCACAUGGUGGAGAGAGACCACAAAGGAAAAAAAGACAACACAGCAGCUGAAACUCCAUGAUUACAAAACUCCUUCUUCCCUCAAACAACCAUCAGGGAACAAGCACAAAAUAAAAGAAACCCAGAGUCCAAAACCAGUCAAAUUACUCUUGUCGUGGUUUGACUCUGAUGCAAUGCCAAUGCACCCAUGAAAAUAUAUUUUCCUCAAACAACUGCUGUGAGAUGUGACCAGGAACAGAGCAGAGCAGGCUUAAGCUUAGAAAUAAGAAAAAAAAAAACCACUUUAUUAACCUACAACUAUAAUAAAAGGAACAUACAGAAUUCAGAAUUAAAGCCUUCCAAGACAUUCCUCUUCCCCCCACCCAAUUUCUACCAAAACACAGUGAGACAAAACCUUGGAUUCUCAGUCAAGUUACCAUCCUUCAGAUAAUCAAUUCUCAGUUCAUCAAGGGUGUGAGGAGCCUCUCUUGUAUCAUAGGUUCCCCAGGAAACACAGUUGAAACUUCUUGUGUUUCCAUGUCACACAUGGCACUGCCUGGAGAAAAUCUGCCAUUGUGGCAUCUUCCUUCCAUGUACAGUGCUCUCACCACCAUUCAUGGACCAGAACUGCUUAUAGGAUUCCCUUUUAAGGAUGCUUUGCCAAGUACCAAAAAAGCAACAGUUUCUCACUUUCGGGACAAAGGUCCCCCCCAUUUUCACUCCCCUGGGGCCGAGGGUCUUGAGAACAGAGAUCUUCACUGAAGACAGAGGGCACCACCACACCCUCCUCAUCCUCUGUUCACUUUACUCCUGCACUUGGCAGUCACUGCAGCAGGUGACUGUCUUGGCUCAAGCCAUUGCCUCCCCCUAAAUGCAGUCUCUCUGUUACAGGAAAUAUUGGUUCAGUCUACGGAUAUACAAGAAAAGUCCAGCCAAAGGUCACUCCAUCAUCUCCUCCCAUCUUCUUCUUACAUCCUUCACUUGCUCAGACCUUCACCACACCUGCCUAUUUCCUUCGAUUUCACGUCUGUCUCUCUUCUCAUUCAAAUCAAGGAGGAUUAGUGUUCUGCAAAGUUUUCAUUGUCCAAGAAAAGGGUUAAAAUCUUGGGCUCUGCUUGCCCAGGACUCCCACAGCUGCCAGCCAGGGCACAUUCUUGCCACACCUCGCCCUUGUCCUUCUGGGCCUUUCUGCCAGCACAUGAUAUCAAAUUUUAAGGUGGCACAGGUGUGUGCGUGCUCUCUCUGUCUCCUCUCUGUCUCUUUCUCUCUCUCUCUCUCGGGGGGGGGGGGGGGGGGGGGGAGGGGGGUGCCGAUGCCUCUCAGUGUUCCUUCACCCCUCCGUCUGACCUCAACCCAGGCCACAUGGCUUCCCCUCCCCCACCUAACCUGCAGCUGGGCAGGGGGAGGUCUGACCUCUUUCACCAAGAGUUUCACCCUGGGAGUUCUGUGCUUUUUAAACCCCUGUGUUCUCAGAGGGGGUGUCUCCAGUGGCCACACCAGGUGCCAAUAUUCAAAUCUGAUCACUGAUUGGUUUGGCUACAACUUCCCAAGAAACUCAUUUCCUUGUCAACCCAGGACACCUCUCAAGCCGUUUCUUCCACACCACCUGACAAGGUCUUUCCCAGUGGCGGCAGCUCCAUCUACAAUGGCAGCUAGAACUGGGUCAGCAGCUGGAACUUGUGGAAGGACUUUGGCUCCUCUUCAGCAAAAGUGUCAGGCACUGGGGCAAUGGCUGGAACUGGGGCAGCAGCUGAAACUCAUGGAGACAGAAGAGGCGUCCCCCUUUUCCUGGCAUUGUUGGAAAUGAUACAUCGUUUAAAUUUUUUUAUUUAACUUUAGUCAGGGGCUUAUUCGACUUUGCCCAGGGAUAGGGGAAUUGAAGUUUCUCUUCAAAAGACCCUGUUUCGCUGAGCAAGGCUUGAUGAAUUUAACAUCCACAGGUUGGGAGUAGCCAGAGGAUACACAGAGGAUAAGGAGCCAUUAAUGAACAUUACAAACAUCAACCCCUGGUGCAGUCAGAGAGACUUGGUCUGGGAAAAGAUUGAUAAGAGAGCCAAAGAAGGAGGACUAAAUUAACAUUGAAGGUGAAGGGAUCAAUAACCAGUAGGAGAUUGAAUACUGAGAAUUGUGGAAUUUAAGACCAAUGAACAAAAAUUUCUUUGGGUUUUGUCUGUAUAAAUACGUGAAAAGACUGGUAAAGAAUUAUGUGUGACAGAAUGAUUUUCACUGCACAACCCAGGCAUGUGUGGAUGAAAUGACUUUUAUUGCACAUCCUGGACAGAAUAAAGUAACGCCUUGAUUCUCUCACACUGAAAAGAUAUUGGAGAAUUUUCUUGCAGUUUCAGUGACAGCAUGGCUGUUCCGAGUGGCAGCAGUGGGGAAAAAAGGUCCAAAGAAAAAGUCCUCCCUAGAUUCAAAAAUAAACCAGUAGUUACCAUGUCAACUGCAGAUGAGAAUAUACUGCUAACUGCUCCAAAAGUCCGGGAGAAACAAAAGAAAGCAAAGGGGAGCUUCUGCCCUGUGUUGCUUCAGUUUCCUGGCAAGAAUGAAAGAGAAAGAGGUCUCUCCAUGAGUGUUCUCUGACUAUUAAAGUGACCCCAGCACUCCCGCACCCCCCUCCCCCCGUGACACCCCGAUUCUGCUUCCAGUACCCAGGCCUUAAAGGGACAGUAACAAUCUUGGUCAGAUUGGCAUAACACAGAUAUGGAAUACUAUACACAGUUUUUGGGUUACCCAGGACCUAUUUUUGUUUCUCUUAGCUUGUGCAUGUGAAAACAUUCACUUUUGCUUUAGUAAACUACCUUAUCUCAACUUACAAGUCAUUUUCCAUCUUAUUUUCUCUCCCCUGUCCAGCUGGGGAGUGAUAGAGUGGCUUGGUGGGCACCUGGUGUCCAGCCAAGGUCAACCUACCACAACUACUUAGCAACAGCCAAAACAUCAGUGUAUCGACAGCAUCAUUAUUCUCACACUAAAUCCAAACAAACACAGCACUGUACCAAGUACUAAGAAAAUGAACUCUAUUCCAGCUGAAACCAGGACACUGUCCCAAGCAAAGCAAAAGCAAAUGCAAACUUCUAAGUUUGAUGUACAGCAUGAAAGGGAGCAUGCCACAGAGCAAGGGAACAAAUCAGUGUUGAGAAAAAAAAAGUCAACAUCACAACCAGCAACAGCAAGUAACAA